AUGUUGUGGCAACGAUUAUAUUUUUCCACACGUUUAUUGAAUUUUAUGCACCGAUUUCUGAGGAAUCAAUCAUGUUUAAGAGCGAUUCCGAGGCUCAGUCCCAGUCUUAUACCACAUCAGAAGCCUUGCAUCGUCGAUCCAGUUUCUCUUGCUAAUUCCGUGAUUACGGUCCCCGAUGAGCCUCUGCGGUUUUACUACCCUACUUUUCCAAUCGGGUACGGGUUUAAGUUCCCGACUAUGGUUCAUGGUUCGGGUCUAGUCGAUAUGGUGCCGUUCACUGAGGCGGUGGUGGUUUACGCUGAUAGUGUGAAGAAGAAGAAGAUGAACAAGCAUAAGUACAGGAAGGCUCAAGGUCGCAAAUCUUAAGAGCUUCCUCAACAUAUUUGUUUUGAAUUAGAUCGAUAAUAAUGUUACAAAGUAUUGAUUAAAGUCUUUUGUUUUGCUAAGUGCUCACCCAUUUCCACACAGUUGCAAUGUUAGUUCUAUGUUGUAGCUCCAACCUAUUUGAAUCUUCCGGACUUGAAAUUGUAGCUUCAAAGAUCCUCUCUUUUCUUUCUUGCAUUGUCUCCUAGUAUUGGUUUGUUUCUUCUCGAUGUCUUCACCUAAUCAGGAGCCUCUUUCCUGCGUGUCUAGCGGUUUCGCUUCCGGUUGAUUUUGAUAUUGAACAGGGAAGCAUAUCCACAUAUCAGUUCGCCGGUGUUAGACCCUUUGGAUGAUUACAAAAAAGAUCUGUAGUAUCCAUCAUCGACGAAUACUUUAGUUCUGGGGAUGUGGCGUAAGACCUCAGAGAAAUUGGUCUGAGCGAGUACCAUCCUUACUUUGUCAAGCGACUUGUUUCCAUUGCCAUGGACAGGAACCAUAAGGAGAAGGAGAAGGAGAAAGAGAAGGCUUCUAGGUUGUAUGCUGAUGUUGUUUCACCUGAUCAAAUCAGGGUUGGGUUUAUAAGAUUUAUUGAGUCGGUCGGUGAUCUUGCUCUGCACAUACCUGAUCUCCUUGCUUUGUUUAUUGCCCGAGCCAUCGUAGAUGAAAUCCUUCCUCCUGUUUUUCUAGCUAGAGCAAACAAGACUCUACCUGAAUCCUCUGAAGGGUUUCAAGUUAUCUUAACUGUGGAGAAGAGCUAUCUCUGGGCUCCUCACCACGCGGAGCUUGUGGAGAACAGAUGGGGUGGGAGCACUCUCGUUACGGUUGAAA